CUUGGGUAUUCAUUCCCUUUGUCCAGUGAAGCGCGCCAGCGCGUUGACAUUGCUUCGGCACUCUCCAAGCCGGGCAUGAGGGCGAGAGACCUCUCCGAAGCAUCGGGCAAGCCUGUCACGACGUACAACGUGCGGAUUCUCGUCGGUAUUGGAGUCCAAACAAUCCUUCCAAACAAUCCUUCCAAACAAUCCUUCCAAACAAUCCUUCCAAACAAUCCUUCCAAACAAUCCUUCCAAACAAUCCUUCCAAACAAUCCUUCCAAACAAGCCUUCCAGCGGACCUGGAGAAGCACCACAAGAAUGUGCUGCACGGCGGCACCUUCCGAGAUGCCAUCACGGACUUCGCCGCAGAAGGACAGGAAAAGACUGGAAGGACAUUGGAGUGAGGACGGACCAAGUCCGAAACGAUGGUCCCUCCGAGCAGCCGUCAAUCGAUUCGAUGGUGCUCGGCGGCCCCAACUCGCCUUCAUCACACCUUGUAGUCUUUACUACGCACUGCCCCUUCGGUGUUUGUGAGCCGACUUGCGGGACAACCCGACCUGCUUAUGUAGUGCAGUCAAUCAGUCGCUUCUCUUCCGACAUCAAGUACGGCAAGCAUAGUCAACCGACUACCCCGCCUGAGUACGGCAAGAGCAACGCACGCACCAUCCCGUGUUCGAGCCAUGGCCUCCAAUGACAGUCAAGUCUUGUCGCUCGGUUCCUGUGCUGUCGCUGCCGCUUCCUUCGCCACAUCACAGAGGGGUCUUCGACCCACCCCGAUACGAGAAAGGCUAUUAUGCCUUGGGGUUGCGGGGAACCCCAUUCCCGGCGGGUCCGCCAACGAUAUUCAAGGGCACGCCGAGAUUGGCAUGACAGAAGAGUCGGGGUCUUGGCCCGCGGGCCUGCCAACGAUAUUCAAGGGCAGGCCGAGAUUGGCAUGACAGAAGAGUCGGAAUCGAGAUUUUGGCCUGCGGGCCUGCCAACGAUAUUCAAGGGCAGGCCGAGAUUGGCAUGACAGAA